AUGGCCGCUUUUGUAUCUUGUCAGAAGUUCUGGAACGAGCUUGUUCGCUUGUUCGGAACUCUUGGUCCCCUCUGGUUGGUCUUGUACCUGGGCACGUCUGUUUAUGCCGUGUUCUACCGUUACUGUUUUCUGGUCUUGUUGCAGGUCCCCGAGCAGGGCCUGUUUGAUACUCCUGUCGCUGCUUACCCCGGAGCAGCUUAUGCCAUCUUUGCGGUCCACGGCUUCCUCAAGCUGAACUGGUUUGGGUCCUGGGUCAUGGGCCUCGUUAUCACGUUCUUUUGUGAUCGUGACUAUGAGCCCCCGAUCAAGGCCCAAGUCAUCAUGCAAGGAGGAAGGGGCUUUCGACCUGAGACGACCAGCCGCUGGGAACCCAAUCGCCGACCUCGCACGUGUCCCAGGUGCGAUCGAAAAUGCGCCGACAGGGUCUAUCACGACAAUACCACCCAUAGAUGCCUGCCUAUCUUCGAUCACUUCUGCCCCUGGGUCCAGAUUUCGGUAUAUUCUCGCACGAUGAAGGCCUAUCUGUACCUCCUUCUGUUCCUUCCGUUGGACAUUCUGAGCACGCUCACUGUUCUCGUCAUGGCCCUUUGUUCGUACACGAGCCAAGGUAUCACGCCAUUCGUGGUUAGUGGUAGCUUUGCUCUCAUUGCUCUCGCUGUCGGGGUCUCCUUGUGGGGUCCUAGACAGUGGUGGCAUUUGGCGUUCAACAAUGAGGUUCAUUUCGAGCACCGUGGCAAGCCCAGAGCGCCGCAACUUCUCGCCUUCAAGGACACUCAAGGAGGUCGUCACGUCAUGCGACUGAAAGAUUUCCGCGGCAACCCUUGGGACAAAGGUUACAUGGGUAACUUACGCCAAGUGUUGGGGAGCUCUUGGUGGAUGUGGCUCAUCUUCUGGUGGCAGCCCGAACGUGUCGCCAAGUAUGGUCGCUACGAGCCUGGUAUCGACCUUCCUUACAGCGACAAAGUCUGGGAAAUGCGCCAUGAAGUACUUCGCCAACGUCUCGACGCCGCGGAAUUCUGGUCAGGGCUUGCGACUACACCAGUUGCCCGACGAAUGCACUCACGCAGUGCCGAGCAGUCUUCUUCAACCCACGAAGAAGGACGUUCGGAACCGCGUCGACGCAUGAAUCGGACUUCAUAG